GAUCUCCCGCGGUACGAGUUUGACAGUGUUCAUGUUUACAUGGCGGAAGGCGGUAGAGGCCCUUUAGUUUCAGUUUUCAGAGAGAACUUUCUAGACGUUCAGUCACGGAAAGAGCGCAAUCAUGGCGAGCGACAGGAGUUUUACUGACAGUUUCAUAGAUGAGGACCCGAAACGAGCUCUUGAGGAGCUGAAUGUGGCUUUAGGAGAGACAGCGGACAAUGCAGAAUGGCUCUGUCAGCGAGCUUACGCACACAUCCUGCUCCAGGACUACGACAGAGCAGCUGAUGAUGCUAAGAAAGCACAGCAGCUUCAGCCUGGUAUGGCUGUUGCCUUCUUGAGAACAGGAAUUGCAGAAUAUCAUCUUAAUAACAUCAGCGCUGCACACCAGGCCUUUACGACAGGAAAGGAACUAGAUGAUUCCAAUGAAGCCUUUCAAACGUGGAUCAAGCUUUGUGAAGAAAGAAUGGCGACACAAAGCCAAAACGGAACCUCAAAUGUGGAGCAAACUGCAACCCCGCCUGUCAAACAUGACUGGUACCAGACAGAAUCUCAAGUCACUAUUACCAUAAUGGUAAAGAAUGCAAAGAAGGAGGAUGUCACCGUCACCUUUGAAGAAAAAGAGUUGAGAGCAGACGUGAAGCUUCCAUCUGGAGAGGAUUACUGCCUACAUAUCCACCUUCUACACCCUGUGGUUCCAGAGCAGAGCACUUAUAGGAUCCUUUCCACUAAGGUCGAGAUUAAGAUGAAGAAGACGGAAGCCAUCCGGUGGGAGAAGCUGGAAGGAGAAGGCACCCUUUCCAACAUGAAGCACUUCGCUCCCUCUCCGAACCAGUACCCGUCAUCCUCCCACUACACCCGCAAGUGGGACAAGUUGGUGGGCGAUAUUAAGGAGGAAGAGAAGAAUGAGAAUCUAGAGGGAGACGCGGCACUGAACAAGCUGUUCCAGCAGAUCUACUCAGACGGCUCGGAUGAGGUCAAGCGGGCCAUGAACAAGUCUUUCAUGGAAUCUGGAGGCACUGUUCUCAGUACUAACUGGUCAGAUGUUGGCAGACGGAAAGUAGACGUGAAUCCCCCCGACGAUAUGGAAUGGAAGCAAUAUUAAUGGAAAGCUAAACAACACCAUCGACUGCUACAACAUGGCCCUGUCUUUCCCUUCACUCUGUCCUUUCUUGUUCACGUUUGGCCAGUCUCUCAGACACAAGUAUACACUUGGAUUAAUGAAACAGUUAUAGUUUCCAUGGGCAGUUGUUUGUUACUAAUUAGGCCUUGUCUCUCAAUGAGAGUGAAUUAUGAAAUGGAACAUUACAAUUGGCUCUGAAAGCUACUCUUUAUCUAUGUCUGAGAACCUGCCCCUAAAUGUUUCAGAAGCACCACUCCUGCUCUCAUGAAUGCUUUUUGUUGCCAUGUUUCAACAGUCUACAGCAGUGGUCAUGACCCUGGUCUUGGAGAUCCAUCUUCCUGCAGAGUCUAAUUGCAACCACAACCUUCUCCAGAUAAAGAACUUCCUGUUAAGUUACCUGGAUCAGAUACAUUUGUAUCAGUUAAGAUGGCUUGUUAGAUGCAGGUUGGAACAAAACUCUGCAGGAAAGUAGAUCUCCAUGUCUGCAAUGUGGAGACUGGUUGAAUUCUUUUUGAACAUCUCGUACAUUUAAAAAAAAAAAAAAUCCUUAUUGAACAGUUUUUAUUUUGGUCAUUAUUCAGUCUUCUGUUCGGUGGUGGAGAGAUACAACAUGCUAUGUUUUCACUUCUCAAGCACCUGUGCCUCAAGAUACAUUUUAGCCAUUUUUAUGAUGUAUUUGAGGGGUCAUGCUUUCCUGAACAUGAUUAUGGACGCACUGUAAAUAAAUUUUUCUUGGUCUCGAAA